UACAUCUAGAUCUUGAGCCAUUUUUCUUUACCUUGUUUCUGUUAUUUUCAUUCCAUAUUUGAUUUUAUUUCCUUUAGCAAAAUGAUGUCUUUUUUCUUUUGGUAUAGAUCACAAAUCUUCCAAUGGCGCUGAAUGUAAAAGAAGCAUCUUCCUCAAACUCUUCUGACUCCAAUUCAACACAAAACUGGAAGUUUGACGUGUUUAUGAGUUAUAGGGGUUCAGAUAUUCGCAUAAGCUUCGUAGGGUACUUAUAUGCUGCGUUAUGUAAGGAAGGAUUCAAAGUUUAUUCGAAUUAUUUGGAUGAUCUGUCGCCAGUUAUCACAAAUGAAUUCCUAAAAGCAAUCGAGGAUUCUCGUUUUGCGAUUGUUCUUAUCUCUCAAAGUUAUGCAGAUUCUGAAUUUUGUUUAGAUAUGCUCCAACAUAUUCUUGCCACAAGAAAACAAUUAGGACAACAAGUUAUUCCCAUAUUUUAUGGUGUAGAUCCAUCUGAUCUGAGAGAUCAAAAAAAGAGUUUCGCUGUUGCUUUGGACUUUUGGGAAAGGAAGUUCCAAGAUGACGUACCACACAAAGUGCAAAAAUGGAAGGAUUGUUUAACAGAAGUUGCUGACUUAUCUGGUUUCAAUUCCAAGGGAUUGUACGAAGCAGAACUAGCUCAAAACGUGGUCGAGCAUUUACGGAUCCAAUUUGGACUACGUAAUUAAAGUGAGACAGUUAUUGGUCGGAGAAUUUAUGAAAUACAAUACUGUCUGUGCGCCAGCGCGUGGUUUCCUAUGUCAUUUCAUAUGAUUGAUGUUUUACUCUUUGGAUUAAUAAGUAAAUAAGACCCUGAAUUAUUAUCCAAAAA